CGGGCUCCGCUGGGGAACUUUCGGCUGCAGGAGGCGGGGAAGGGGCGGCUGCAGCGGACCCGGAAGUGGUUGCGCCCAUCGGGGGCGGUGGGAGCGCGCCGUGCGGGUUGGUGGGUGGGGGAAGGAGAGGAAGGGGAGGGGGCGGCGGCCGGAGGCUGGACGGAUCCGCGCGGGGACGGCGCGCAAGCCGGGAGGAGGCGCGAAGAAGGCGGCAAGGCGAGAGCAGCGCGGCCAAGUUGCUCGGCUCGGGAUGCAUUCGGACUGCCGGCUGCUGCGCCCGAGACGCGGGGUAUGGUGAGCAGCCCGGAGCGCCCGCUCCCCCGGGGGACCCGGCCGGCGCUGGCCUCCCUCCUCCUUCUCCUGUUGCUGCUCAGGCGGGACGCGGCGGCGCAGAAAGGUGAUGGAUGUGGACAUACCGUUUUAGGUCCUGAAAGUGGGACUUUCACAUCUAUUAAUUACCCACACGCCUAUCCCAACAGCACUGUGUGUGAAUGGGAGAUUCGAGUAAAGCCUGAGCAGAGAGUGCAGCUCAAAUUUGGGGAUUUCGAUAUUGACGAUUCAGAUUCUUGCCAUUUUAAUUACGUGAGAGUUUAUAAUGGAAUUGGACCCACAAGGACAGAAAUAGGAAAAUACUGUGGUUUAGGCUUACAGAUGGAGAAUUUAAAUGAAUCAAAGGGUAAUGAAGUUACAGUACAAUUCAUGAGUGGCAUACACUUCUAUGGACAUGGGUUUCUUGCAUCCUAUUCAACCACUGACAAAGCAGAUUUAAUAACGUGUUUAGACACUGCAAGUCAGUUUUCUGAGCCAGAGUUCAGUAAAUAUUGCCCAGCUGGAUGUGUGCUUCCUUUUACUGAUGUUUUUGGGACUGUUCCUCACGGCUACAGAGAUUCGUCCUCCAUUUGCAUGGCUGGGGUGCAUGCAGGAGUGGUGUCCAACAUCCUAGGAGGUCAGAUCAACGUCGUAAUCAGCAAAGGCAUCCCAUACUAUGAAAGUUCUCUGGCUAACAAUGUCACGUCAAAAGCAGGAGCACUGUCUUCAGGUCUCUUCACUUUCAAAACUAGUGGUUGCUACGGGACACUGGGAAUGGAGUCUGGAGUCAUUGCUGAUUCGCAGAUUAAUGCAUCGUCAUUUCUAGAAUGGCCUGAGCAAGUGGGGCAGCCCAGCACCUGGAGACCGGAAAGAGCCAGGUUGAAAAGGCCUGGACACUCUUGGGCAGCUUUUACCAAUGAUGAGUAUCAGUGGUUGCAAAUAGACCUAAACAAAGAGCAACGCAUAACAGGUAUAAUAACUACUGGAUCCACCUUAGCAGAGUACCAUUAUUAUGUCUCUGCCUACAGGAUUCUGUACAGGAACGAUGGGCAGAAGUGGACAGUAUACAAAGAACCUGGUGUUGAGAGGGAUAAAGUAUUUCAAGGCAACACUGGGUAUUAUCAAGAAGUCCGCAAUAACUUCAUUCCACCCAUUAUUGCUCGUUUCAUUAGAAUAAACCCUUUGAAGUGGCAUCAGAAAAUCGCAAUGAAAGUUGAACUGCUAGGAUGUCAGUUUAGUGUUGUUCGGGCUCCAAGACCUACAAUACCCCCGCCACCCAGGAACAGCAAUGACUUUCCCUCGCACACUGAUAAAACCACCUUCACUCCGGAGAUCAAGAACACUACAGUAGCUCCAAGCGUAACCAAAGAUGUGGCAUUGGUAGCUGUUCUGGUUCCUGUGUUGGUCAUGGUCCUUACCACCCUCAUUUUGAUCUUAGUUUGUGCCUGGCAUUGGAGAAACAGAAAGAGAAAAUCAGAAGGAACCUAUGACAUACCAUAUUGGGAUCGUGCAGGUUGGUGGAAAGGCAUGAAGCAGUUUCUUCCUGCCAAGUCUGUAGAGCACGAGGAAACGCCUGUUCGUUACAGCAGCAGUGAAGUUAGUUGCCUUAGAUCAAGAGAAGUUACAACCAUGUUACAAACCCAAACUGCAGAGUAUGCACAACCACUGGUGGGAGGAAUUGUUGGCACACUUCACCAGAGAUCAACCUUUAAACCUGAAGAAGGAAACGAAACAAGCUAUGCUGAUAUGGAGCCUUACAAUUCACCCGAGCAAGAGAUUUACCAUGCCUAUGCUGAACCGCUACCUAUCACUGGACCAGAAUAUGCAACACCAAUUGUGAUGGAUAUGUCAGGUCAUCCCGCAGCUCCUCUGGGCAUUUCUACUGUAUCUACUUUCAAAGCUCCAGGAAAUCAAGCCGCUCCCAUAGUUGGGGCAUACAGCAAACUUGUUUCCAGAUCAAAUAGUUCAUCGCCUACUCGAGUACUCUAUGACACACCGAAAGGAAUGCCAGGACUCAAUCCCACAGAUGAAUUGGUAUACCAGGUGCCACAGAACAUGCCGCAUUCCACAGAGAAUAAAGAAGAUGUUAGUUAGAGAAUGUGGCUUUCAAAAAUUAAAUCCUUUGGAGAUCGCUUUUUGUGUUGGAA